AUGGUCAUUUUCAGAUUUGUCAACUAUGUAAACGAAAUUUGUCAAUGCCAACGGCAGACUUCUAUCGUGAAAGCAGUGCAACAGCUUGGAAUUCCCAGUUGGUUGGUGGAGAUCCGGCAUAAUGCUUCUCAUUCACAUGUGCCGCCAAUCGGAACGCUCCGAAAGGCGUUCAUAUUCUGCAGAGAGUGGAUUUGGGUAAGACAUUUCUGGACGCGACAACCCUAUGAGGCGAUGCGAUCAGCUGGUGCAGUGGACACGAAUAGCGAUGUCGUGGCGGCCGAAGCGUCACUACGAGAUCAGAAGAUUCACAACGCAAUUGUAGCAUAUGCCUUAUGGCGGAACAAGCACUCUUCUGAACCAAACGGAAAGGAACCUCCCGUUGUCGAACUGACUCGCUUCGUCAUGCAACAACCA